AUAAUUUUUAAUUUAUAAAUGAAAUUUAUUUUAUGGAAACUUUAUUCUCAUUUGAUUGUCUCGAUUAAUUAGUUUUUAAAUUACUAAAAUUGUAGGUCAAUAAAAUUGAUAAAAAAUUAUAUUUCUCAGAAUGUUAGAAAUUGAGUUCCUGUAAAGUAUCUAACAGCUCUAAUUGUGGCAUCUAUCGAUUCAAUAACGAAAUUCUGCAGAUUGAACCUUCAAGUUAAUUUCUUUCAUCUUCUUUUUAUUUCUUCAUCAUGAGAAUUUAUUCAAGAUUAUUUCAAAUUUCGUCAGCUAAUUAUGCUCGACAAAUCAUGAGCAAUCAAUUUAUUAAAGCAAAAGAGUCUAAAGGGCUAACUUAUCAACAGAUGGCUCAACUAUUGUCCGUGAAUAAGGUCUGGUUAACAUCAGUAUUACAUGGACAAAAUUGUUGUGAUAUUCAACUGGCACACAGAAUCUGCGAUACUCUCGGCAUCUCUCACGAAUACGCUAAUGAAUUAACGUCCAUUCCACUGAGGGGAAAUCAAAACAUCAUCAAUGACCCAUUAAUCUACAGAUUUAAUGAACUAUUCAAAGUAUAUGGAUCCAGUUUACGGGGCAUUAUCCAUGAAGAGUUCGGUGAUGGAAUCAUGAGUGCCAUUGAUUGUAAAAUAGAUGUAACCAAGAAUGAGCAAUCAAGAGUAAUAUUGCGAAUCGAUGGAAAAUUUCUGCCAUACUACAAAGGACAAUUAGAUUAAACGGAUGGCAUAUCUAUACCAAAUUACUUACUCAAAGAUUUGCUGCAAUUAGCAAGCUAAUUCAUUCUAUGAUUUGAUCUUGUAGUUUUUUGAGAUUAAAAUAAUUGCUUUAAUCCAAUUUUGACUACAUUGA